UUGUUAACACUUCACAUUGAAAUUGACCGUGGCCCUGCGCGUGGGAAGGAGGGCAGUGUUUUCUGAAGCCACAGACAACAACAACAAAAAAACUUUUCGGCAAUUGACAAUUUCCUGAAGGGAGGUUGGGCUUAUCACUCUCAAAUUUCUCUCCAAAAGUGUCCCAUCUGGAGUGGACACAGGUUGGCUGAAUUGGUGCAAGCACGCAGAUUACAUUGUUACAUGCACACACAAUGGACUAACUAUCUGAGGGGCAACUGGAACGAAAGCUCAGAAUCUAUGCUGUGCGUUUUACCACUCCAGAAGUGAGUGACGUCCUCUUGGAAAACUAUUUAUAACAAAUAUUUCAGGUAUGAUUCAGAGGAAGGAUGUGGUUAUGUCAGUUCUAGGGCAGCUGCAGGAUGCUACAGAGAGCUCCGGCCUGGACGCCCUCACCAGGGUAGCUCAGGAGGUCCACCAGGUCCUGACCCCCUUCACCCUGCCCUCCUCCCCUUGCCAGGACUUCCCCAACUGGGCAGGCAUCGAUGGGAAGGCCCAUAGCCUGUACCCUGCUGACGCCCCCGGAGGCCUCCUACCUCUGGUCUGUAAGGGAGAAGGGAACCUGUUGUUUGAUGCAGCCAGCAUGCUGCUCGUGGGGACUACUAGUCUCAGUCUGGAGCUACAGGUGCGUACAGUGGUCGACAUGCUGCUGUGGAAGAGGUAUUACUUGUGUGGUAUGAUCGACUCUAAGGUGAUGCUGCAGGCAGCCAGGUUCAGCCUGUGUGCCGAGGAGUCCCAGGACAUGCUCAACCUCCCCCUGUCUGUCCUCGAGGCUAUAUUUGAUGCUGAUGUCAAAGCCUCCUGCUUCUCUGGCUCCUACGCCAACAUGUGGCACCUCUAUGCCCUCUCCUCUGUCCUCCAGUGCAACAUCUAUUCUGUCUACCCCAUGUACAACCUCAAGAUACGACCCUACUUCAACCGCCUGAUAAGACCCAGGUCCUACCCCAAAGACAUGGAUCCUAUCACCAUGCACAUUAUGUGGUCUGGAGAGCUAGAGGAGGGCUCCACCAGCUCCAGGUUUAGACCCAUAGUCUUUGUAGCGUUAGUCCAGGCUAGUGACCUCCAGAUGGGCAGUCCUAACACUGAGAAUAGGGUCCACUCCCCGUUGAAGACCCAACAGCUUCUCAAGCAGGACUCGCACCUGUCCUACUCCAGUCUGAAGGACAAGUACAACAUCACCAAGAGUACCUUCUACCGCUGGAGACGGCAGACACAGGAGCACCGCAAGAAAUCAGCUGCCAGGUACGAGGCCAAGCACUUCGUCCAGGCGUGUUAUCUGGAAGGGAAGCUUAUGCCUCUGCACCAGUUUAAAGAGUUCUUCCCUGAGAUCUCCCGGUCCACCUACUAUGCCUGGAAGCACGAGUUGAUCUCAUCCGGCGGUAGUUUCUCCACUGACGAGGUGAGUCCAGGGGACAGCACGGAGCAGGAGUCCUGGUCCUCCCCAGAGUCCAAGCCCAGGCACGAGGAGGACCAAGAGGUAGAGCCAAACCCAGAGCACCACGACAGCGUGGCCAGUAUGUUCGGCCUGAACUACAACAAUGAUAAGGUGGACGGGGAACGGGCCCAGAAUCUGGCGCUGAUGCAGGAAGCCAAGAAAGUUCUUCAGAACUGCAUCGCUAUGAACACCUCGUUCCCCUUCAGGAUCUUCAAGAGGAGCUUCCCAGGCAUCUCCAGAUCAACUUACUACAACUGGAGGAGGGAAGCCAUGCUGUUCAAUAGAGGCUACAAGGCUAGGAGUAGUGAAGACAACUCUGAUGUGGAUAAGAGUAGUCCCACUGGUGGUCUGUCCCCUAUCGGGGGAACUGAGAGCCAUGGUCAUGCCUCUGCUGCCUUCGCCAGAAUGAAGAUCUGUAGAAACAACCACAAAGGGUUCAGGUUGGUGUUCCUACACAGGAAGAAGCUGAGAGAAGCAGCCAAGGUGAAGGUGUGGAUGUCAAGAUGGCCGAUGUCCAAGUUCAAAGUGAACUACCCAUCCCUGUCACUCUGUUUCUAUUGGAUGUGGCGCAACGGCCCGAGUCAAAACAGGAAGGAGAAAAUCACCCACCCGUCUCUGUCUCUAGAGGUGAACAGGCCUGAGAAUAUUAUGGAAAACAACAAUGCAGUAAUGGAGAAUGUUAACGGCGUGACGGAGAGUGAGAUAAAGUCGAGAGGUCUUACUCAGGACGUGACUCAGGAUGUGUUGUUCUUAGGGGGGGAUCCAACAGAGGGUCUGAGAGGCCCUUCCACAAUGACUUUUGUGACACCCCCCUUCGAUGCCCCCCUCCCUCUACCCAGGUCCCCCUUGUCCCUCCCCAACCCAACCAAGAUGUCCACCACCACCACCACAACAGACGACCAGAUGUUUGUGAUGGAUCUGGUGGCCCUGGCCAACUUCAAGGCCAAGGCCAAACUGUUCCUCCAGAAACGCUUCGAGGAGAAGUCCUUCCCCACCUUCAAAGAGUUCAGGUCCUAUUUCCCCCUGACUCCCCGCUCCACCUACUAUAUGUGGAAAAGAGCCUUGCAUCACGGGGUGCCACUGGUACAUGGCUGAGAGAGAGGGCAUGGCUGAGAGAGAGGGCAUGGCUGAGAGAGAGGGCAUGGCUGAGAGAGAGGGCAUGGCUGAGAGAGAGGGCAUGGCUGAGAGAGAGGGCAUGGCUGAGAGAGGGUACCGAGUGUAAUGGUGGUCAUACACUCUUACACUAGCUUUAAGCAGAACGGUGCCCCCUGUAACAAACUGAAAUGCUCUCGUCUCUUCAGAAUCCUAAACUAAAAAACAAACUAAACUAACAACAACAAAAAAUCCCUUCUCCCUCCUUCACUUCCUCAAACAGAGCCAUCAGUAUCAACUCACCCCUCACCCUCUUUAAAAAUGUUGUUGAUUUUUCUUCAACUGAACACACUAUUUGUUUGGUUAGAGGUUUGUUUGAGCAUGUGGGUGAAACCUAAUGCAUUGGAAUUGUAGCUAAAUGCAUCUUAAUCUUGAUUUGUCCUUCUCUCCUUGUCUGUUCCCCUCCUCCCUCCCUCAUUCCUUUACCUAUCACCUUCAGCUCAUGGACAUUUGCAUGUGUGUGAAAAGACACUGUUCCACUAAUGUGCCGCUGGCCUCCAGGCAAAAGGCAGUUGAAAGUCACCAUGAUGGUGACAGUGGGGCUUUAUUUAAAUGUCUCUUUGUUUGAGACUGGUUGUUUCUGCUUCUCUUGUCUCGCUAGUCUUGGUUUUAAUCCCAUCUCUCUCAGUAUUGUGGGUUUUAAUCCCAUCUCUCUCAUUAUGAUGGGUUUUCAUCUCUCAGCAUUGUUGGUUUUAAUCCCGUCUCUUUCAGUAAGGUUGGUUUUAAUUUCUCUCUCAGUAUUGUGUUCAACACCAUUUUAUUUCCAUGUUCUCAUUUUAGUUAGUUAAUUGUUUAAGGUGUGCUGUUUUUGUUAAUCCAUUUGAUGUCUGUUUAUCUGUUCUAGAAGAUUCCUAGUGGUUGACUUUUUUAAAAACGUUCUUUUAUUUUUUUUUUUUAGAUGUGUUGUAUUGAAAGAAGUCUGAGUUAUAGGGAAAGGCAUUUGUUUCAGAAAUCAAGUUUCUCCUUUAUUGUUUAGCUCCCUUUUUGUUUUCCAAGCAUGUUCUGCAAACACUGAGUUUUGAUUCUACCCCCCCAAGGAAAUUGACAAUUGAAUGUUCAUCCACUGCCUUGUUCAGGGGCAGAACGACAGAUUUUUACCUUGUCAGCUCGGGGAUUCGAUCUUGCAACCUUUCGGUUACUAGUCCAACGCUCUAACCACUAGUCUACCUGCUGGUUACUAGUCCAACGCUCUAACCACUAGUCUACCUGCUGGUUACUAGUCCAACGCUCUAACCACUAGGCUACCUGCCGCCUCAGUGCUACUUACAUACAGUAUGAGAGGGUUCAUUGGUUUUCCAGCAUAUGUUACAGGGUUCAAGACAGGGUUCAUAUGUUACAGGGUUCAAGUUUAUUUUCAUUGACAAGUUUGUUUACUAAUGAAUGUUUACAACACUUCUGGACUCACUACCAGAACGUGUAAUUAGAAUAUACUAAUUGGCUUCAUUUAAGUAUAUUUCCUUUAUGAAUCUCUAUUUUUCUUGCUUUUUAUUUUUUAACUACCUACGUUUUUUUUCUAGUAACUAUACUGUGAAGUAUCUUCUUGAUAUAGUAUGUUAGUUUUGAUCAAUUAUGUUUUUUUUAUGUCCAGUUAUAUAUAUUUUUUUCUUCUCAAAACCAAAUUUUCUCUGAGUAUUGACAUUUUAGACACUGGUGUAUAACUGCCAUCAUACUUAACCAAACAUUUUUAUAUUUCAAUUUCUGAAUAUUUAUUUGUUUUGUUAUCUGGUGGAGUGUACAACAACCAUAUUUUUCUCACUCACAAAGUGAAAAUAUUGUUUUCCCCAUUUUUUUGUUGUUGUUGUUGUUGUUGCUACAAGGCAGAAUAUCAAUAAACCACCAACUCAAA